AGUUUCUCAUUUAUUUUAUUUUUCCCUUACUUUUAUUUAUUUUUUAUUUUUAAAAGUUUUUCUUUGUUUUUUCCCUUUUUUUCAAUCCCAUCGUAUUAUACCCGAGAAAAACCUCACCUUUUGAAAUGCAAGAAUGCUUUUUGUGGCUACGAUAUAUAUAUAUAUAUAGGAAAUUUCUAUGAUGUUGUGUACCAAAUAUUGCCAGAUACCUAAGAAUUGAAAAUUUGUCAUUAAAAGCACCAUGAAUUGUUUUUAGAAACACUGUGAAAUGUUCCUGCAUCACAAACCAUCGCUAAUACUCAUGUGUCAAUUGUUUUUCAGUGAUAGAUUUUUAAUUUUUAACUAUCCAGCAACAUCUGGUACAUAGCAGCAUAGAAUUCCCCUAUAUAUAUAUAUAUGUAAAUUUAUAUACCAUGUUAAGAGGGUUUUCUCGUGUCUCACAUGUCACAAGAUGCAUGUUUGGAAUGAUUUGGUAAAUCAAUGGCUAACAAUUUUGUGAUGAUAAUUAUCACUCUAAAAAUGGUCUAAAAUAUUAGGUUGGAGUUCCCUUUUAACUCAUAAAAAAUGUUAAUAAGGGAAAGUGCAUACCUAACAUCUGGUAAACAUUCUCUUAUUUUUUGUUAAAAACACACCUAUGUUCUACAUUGUUAAAUGAUCUGCUGUCAAUGUAACCUAGUUAACACCAACCAAAGUUGAGUUAGUGAAAUCAAUGACUAGAAUGCCCCGAAUAUGAAGAAAUCAUGUUCAAUCAUUUGCAUUGGCUUCUUUAACUAUGCAUAAUUAUAUUAAUGCAUGAUCAAGUAUAUCCAAGCAUUUUCGAGUAACUUGGCUCAGAUAGUUUUAUUCCGAAUUUACUGAUUUCCGCACAAAAUAUCCUUUCCAUUUGGUAUCUACAUACUAUGGAAACUGCUGCAUUUGUCAUUUGAUGCAUCAAAUUGUAAUGCAAAUAUCACCAAACUGUAAGUUUGCCAUUCAGAAUUUAGAUGACUCAUAUAAACCAUUGCUGUUGUGCAAUAGAUUAUGUUCUUUCUGGAUUCAUUAGUGUAAUAAUUCCGUUUGACCCAUCCAGUUGAUUACAUUUUCUAAGUUGCUAUACAAGCCAGAGAGGUGAAUCGGUGAUGAAACUCUCUCGUUCUAUGAAUUAUUGUUCAUGAGGAUGGUAAAAGAUAAAACCGUAUGUGUAAAUGAAUGUACCGGGUUAAUGGUUGGGCAGUGUAAAUGGUUAUUUGAAAUUUAGCAGGCCUUCCCAUAUAAUAAUUGAUAAUGUCAUGCAGCCCUUCUUUUCUUUUGAAUUAUUUAUUGAUUUAAUCUUAAUUUUUGCCGGAUUGAUUCAGUUUGAGUGUCAUUUGAUAACGCAGGUGACUGACCAUGGCUAUACUUUUUGCAAAUUGGAUUUGACCAAUGCUUAUUUUGAACCUACAAGGAAAUGAAAAUCCAAAUUAAUGGACUUCUCUUGUUGUUUCAUCAAUCUGGUGAUGCUACUAUGGAGCUACUUUUCUGUGGUUUUCACGGAUCCAGGCAGUGUUCCGCCAAGUUGGAGGCCUACAGUGGAUGAAGAGAGUGGUGACACUAUUCCAUUAGCUAGCUCUGAGUUUGUUAAUCAAGUUGUGGGUUCACAACUGUCUCCAGUUGUUGUUGAUCCGUCAAAUUCCAGAGUUCGUUACUGCAGGAAGUGCAACCAGUUGAAGCCACCUCGCUGCCACCAUUGCUCUGUUUGUGGGAGGUGUGUUCUGAAAAUGGACCAUCACUGUGUAUGGGUGGUUAACUGUGUUGGUGCACUAAAUUAUAAAUUUUUCCUUCUUUUCCUGUUCUAUACUUUCCUUGAGACAACGCUUGUUACAUUAGCUUUGCUGCCACAGUUUGUGGCAUUCUUUAGUGAUCGAGAGAUCCCUGGUACACCUGGAACUCUUGCUACCACCUUCCUGGCAUUUGUGUUGAACCUGGCUUUUGCUCUAAGUGUUCUGGGUUUUCUGAUCAUGCAUAUAUCUCUGGUCUCUGCCAAUACAACAACCAUUGAGGCAUAUGAAAAGAAGAGUUCUCCAAAAUGGCGGUAUGAUCUAGGUCGAAGAAGGAAUUUUGAACAGGUUUUUGGGACAGAUAAGGGGUAUUGGUUCCUUCCUGCCUACUCAGAAGAUGAUUUGCGUAGGAUGCCUGCUCUUCAGGGACUCGAAUAUCCAUCAAAACCCGAUCUGGACGGUCAAGAGCUAUGACACCCUCUCUCUUUCCCAAAGCAGCUAUUCUGCAGCUGGACUAGCGAGGCCACUGUCUUACGCUAUUACCUGACUUCACGAUAUUAGCACCUUGGCUGUUAAAGUCCGCCUGGUUUGACAUUUGGGGUCUUGUGCAAGAGAGCGUGAUUUCUGUGCAGGUCAAAUGGAAUACACACAUGAUUGACAGGAUACUUGUUUUAGGCAUGUGUCAGAUCAAAGGGAGUUUCUUGUGGAUAGCUAGUCAUUGAAUGAUGGUGUUAUUCUUACUACGUAAACCAUAAAGGCACCUUCUUAUGUGUUUUCCCCCCUUUUAA